AUGCUUUCCGAGCGGAAAGGCACGGUCAACUACGCGAUUGACCUGCUUCGGGCCCACCAGCUACGCCGCGAGAACCUAUUCCUGCAUGAAGAGUUGAAGCGAUGUUGUAAAGAGAUUGCUGGCCUGCGGGAGGAGGUCAAGGGCGCCACAGCGGCUGUCCAAGCCAGCCAUGACGCCUCUGAGCAGACACGCUGUAUUGUUGAAGAUCACAAUACACGAUUGAGCGAUCAAGGGCGUACCGUCGAGACUCUCCAGCAAGCAUGCAGGAUAGCUCAAAGCGAAGUCUCACGCUUUCAAGCCGUGUAUGAUCAAACACGCGAAGAGACGCAGGCACGAUUGGAGCUCCUGAAUAGGGAUAUUGAUGCUGCAAGGGCUGAUUGUGUUCGACUCGCCGACAUCCAACAGAAACAGGAAGAAGAAGUCCUAGCUGCUCUUGGGAAAUUGCAACGCAAUGUCGAUGGCAAAGCAGACGUCUCCACUGUUGAUGCCCUGGCAGUUCGAAUCGACGAGCUUUCUGUUCUGCCACCAGCAACAGGACACUCCUUACCUUCUGUCAGUCGUGUGCAGGAUAGCUUUGAACAUAGGCAAUGUGCGGAAGCAGGAGACAUUGCAGUCCAAGUCCGAGAUUCCCAAAACCGCCAACGUCCACAACGGGAAGAAGUACCUCGAGAGCAACACCAGCGACCGCCUCAGCAGCAGGGAAGAGAAGAGACCUUGCCGGAUGACCUCGAUCUCGACGAGAACGCCAACAGCUUCAGCUAUGCUGGCCACCGAGUAACUGUGCCUGAAGAGACUGAAACGCUGCGAUUGCUGAGACCACCGGAUGUGCAGGCCUCUCAGCUUGCCCGGGUCAAUCUGCUUCGACAAAGAAAAAAUGAUGAUUGGCAGAGCUAUUACUCUGAGGGUCUGGCGCUUGUCAAGGCUCUCCCGCAUGCCUUCGAGGAGACGAUCGUACGAAACUUUGCCAAUGGGAUAUUCCACGAUGUGCAGAGAAGGCAAUGUCAACACUGGCUGGAUGAAAAGGGGUGGACAUGGGACAACAUAGCACUGUUCGGGGAGUUGUGUUCCCAACUAGCCACCAGUACUGAAACAGCGGAGAUGCUGGACCUCGAUGAUGCGAUCAGGGCCUCGAAAAAGCUGAAAGAGACUCUAUGUGCUGUCGGGAGGCUGAAAGCACAGUCGAAGGCAACGAAGUCCCAGAAGACCAAGGCUUCAGGAAGUAAGGCUAGGACUUGCGCCGGACCAUUACGUCGCAGUCAGCGUCAGGUUGAAGAGGAGAACCCGAGUCAGACACAACCGACGCAACUCCCGGCUGACCCUGGGCCUCCAGUGGCUCCUGGACCAAGAAUUCGCAAACCUAGGGGGGCAACGUCUGCAGCGAAGCCAGAGAUAGGAUCUGAGCUUGUCCAAGACCAACGCAUAGUGCAGCAAGAUAGUCCAUCGGGCCUUCCUGAUCCGCUGCAGCUGGCACCCAGAUGUGCAGAAGGUCGGCUCGAGGGAGGCCUCGCUGGCGCCAGGCAGGUCACGAACCGGGAGCUCGCACAAAGGCUGAACAUGACUCCAGAGGCAGAUUGCGAUACCCGCGAAGAGGUACCUCCAUCGCCCAUCAUUGUCAGAGGGAUACCAUUGAAGCCAGUAGCCUCCGAGCUGCGGCCACGGAUGGAAACUUCUGUGCCACCGAUACCACAGAUGGUGCCACAUAAAAGGCGUAUUGUCGAGGCCACGGAAGACAGCAGCAACGAUGAAGGCUUCCUUCGGGAACUUGAACCCCGGAGAUCCAAACACCCUGUCCACAGAACCAGCGAUGGGAAGCAGAAGAAGCACAAACGACGUCGUCUUCCACUACCGCCGCCUCCUGAGAUUCCUAUUCUUUCUACCACAAGCGAAGAAUAG